GUGUGAGUGAGUGUGUGUGUGGUUGCUCCUGUUAGCAUGUGUGGUUGUGAGGGCAGAGUUCGGGAUCCUGACAGAUGAAUAGUUGGAAAUAAGGAGGUAAAACAGGGCGACGCGGGUGAGUCUCCCGUGCAGGAAAAGCCGCAGAAAACCAUGUUCCCUAAAGGAAAAGGCUCCGUCGUGCCAUCCGAUGGCCAAGCUCGGGAAAAGCUGGCUCUGUAUGUUUACGAGUAUUUGCUCCACAUUGGUGCACAGAAGUCGGCUCAGACUUUCCUGUCAGAGAUUCGAUGGGAGAAGAACAUCACUCUGGGGGAUCCGCCUGGGUUCUUGCACUCCUGGUGGUGUGUGUUCUGGGAUCUGUAUUGUGCCGCACCGGAGCGGAGAGACUCGUGUGAACAUUCAAGUGAAGCCAAGGCUUUUCAUGACUACAGUGCUGCUGCAGCUCCGAGCCCUGUGAUGGGGAACAUGCCCCCUGGAGAUGGCAUGCCUGGUGGCCCGAUGCCCCCUGGAUUCUUCCAGGGCCCCCCCGGCUCGCAGUCCUCUCCUCAUGCUCAGCCUCCUAACAGCAUGAUGGGACCCCAUGGCCAGCCGUUCAUGUCUCCUCGAUUUGGUGGAGGUCCGAGACCCCCGAUCAGAAUGGGCAACCAGCCUCCAGGUGGGGUCCCUGCAGCUCAGCCUAUGCUCCCUAACAUGGACCCUCGUCUUCAGGGGCCGAUGCAAAGAAUGAAUGUUCCAAGAGGAAUGGGACCUAUGGGCCCUGGACCCCAGAAUUUCGGAGGAGGAAUGAGACCUCCACACAACUCCAUGGGUCCGGGAAUGCCGGGAGUUGCUAUGGGUCCGGGGAACGGCAGACCACCCUGGCCAAAUCCCAAUGCUAACAAUAUGCCGUACUCCUCACCAUCUCCUGGUGCAUAUGGGGGUCCUCAGGGAGGUGGACCUCCAGGAACCCCAGGAAUUGUCCCAAGCCCUGCAGACUCCAACAAUUCGAGUGAAAACCUGUACACCAUGAUGAACUCGGGUGGAGGGGGGAGAACCAAUUUUCCCAUUGGUCCGGGUUCAGAGGGCCCCCUAGGGGCGAUGGCUGGAAUGGACCCCAUGCAUAUGAAUGGGGGUUCUGGUGACUUGGAUGGACUCCCAAAGAAUUCACCCAAUAACAUGAGCAACAUGAGCAACAACCUGGGAACCCCGAGAGACGAUGAUACUGGGGGCAGUUACCUCCACUCCUUCCAGAAUGAGAAUCAAUACUCUCCCUCCAUGACCAUGAGUGUGUGAUGUGUGAUCUUUGGAAGCCUCUUAGUUGGCCAUCCAUUACAGAGACACGGAGAAACAUGUACAGGAUUUUCUGGCCAUGCAACUGCCUCUGCUUCACCUCUGGUCUCCUGCAAUAUCACACUUUCAUUUAUUUCUUUUUAUGAUAAACACCCCCUCUUCACCCACACCCACCCUAACCUAAUCCAUGUGACACGAACCAGAGGGGGCCGCCCUUGUUUUAAUUCAGUCAUUUUCUCCUGCAAGGCCAACUUUGUAAAAAAGAAAAAAAAAAGAAAAAAAAAAAAAAAAAAAAAAGGAGCGUCAUUCAUGGUCCACUGGAUGUGUAGCCGCUAAAACCUCAGAGGAACAGCAUCAUGUCCACUUUCAUCUUCAGCAUGGUUUACGUGUUCCACACUGACACUGAACUCUUCAUACGUGGCCUUGACGUCUGUCUGCAUUUUGUUGCCUUUUCCUCCGUUUUUUUUUCUUUCAGCACAUCAUUGAUGAGACCUCGGCCUCUCCUCAGUGCAAAGCUCAACAUUCUACUAAUUCUUUAUACACUUUUUGGUUGGUUUUCGAAUGUUUUUUUCACAUCACUGCUUUUGAAGACUAACUGCGCUGACUGCUCCCACAGCCAGAGUUUUCCCCCCCUGCACUGAUCCCCUUCAUCAGCUGCUGUCUCGAACCUUUCCCACAACUCUGAGUAAUAAGUUAUCCACCGCUCUGAUCGGAGACAAAUGCAAACUACCUAUGGGUGAAAGACUCUGAGAAAAGUCCAAGUUUUCGCCUGUCUGUCCCUCUGAUGUGUUCAGCUGUUGUAGCAUCCGUUGUAAUGCUGAAUUUGUGAUGUACCCAUGUCAUUAUUUUUGGUUUUUAUUUUUUUUUAAUCACUACCAUGUGCCUCAAUUGUUUUAUUUUGAUAUUUGGGUCUGUUAAAGGUUCCAAAAGGCCUGUUGUAGCUUCACUCCUGCCGAAGGUGCUCAUGUGAAACAGCCCGACUUGUGACUUUUCAUAUUUUGCAGAUUUUUGUUUUAUGCUUUGUCAGAGGGGUGUCAGACUCGCUCAUAGUACAGAUAGAAUCAUAAGUUAUUCUAUUUAUACAAACCUUUGGUAAUGCUUCUACAUUUAGGAAGUUGUUUUACACUGCUUUUGUUAGCUUGUAUGUCAUACUUUGGGCAAAAAUGCUUGUUUAUAUAUUGACAACUAAAUUAUUUGGCUCCUUUCUGUGUGUCCUGGUCUUGUGUUUUUAUAGAUUUGUGCAUAUUUUCACGGAAGGCAUGUGCUGAUAAUUGCUUAUACAGUUUGCUUGUACAAUAUUAUCAUGGACAAUUCCACAUGCUGUGCUCAUGUGAGGAGGCUCACUCCUCAGGUAAAGCCUUUUAAUUCCUAAUACUGGACGAUAGUUCAGUGAAAUUUAAAUGUGGUGAAGAGAACUGUUGCGUUGACUCGGUCUUUCAGCAUUUUUUUUUUUUUUUUUUUUUUUUUUGGUAAGGAAUCUAAUAUGCAGGUGAUGUGUACUGCCAUGAAAAUUCAGGCUGGUAUUAUGGUAAUAAAACUUAAUGUUGA